AUCUCUUGCAGGUCCACUUAUUGUAGGCUUCGUAGUUACAGUACUAGCUUCUUAUUUUCUCUGGUGCUGCCGCUGAACCACCAGACCCGCUCUCUUCCUAUUGCUGGUCUGCUACUACACUAACGACCUGGCCUAGCGAAGCGUGAUUUUUGACAGUAGAAGUCUACCUUCAUCCACUCCUCCCUGGCCAGUUCCAGCGUCGACCUUCCGUCAACUGACACCAGUUGAAGCUUGCUCACCGGACGGAAACCCGUCAGGCUCUCUCACAUUCCGGCCUUUUUUUUUAUUGUUCGUUAUAUCAGCCACGCUUCACCCAGUGUGAUCCCAGUCACUCUCACGAAACCGAGUGUCAGCAACCAUUAGCCUCAGGCAACACUAACCAUCAGCGAAGCCCAACCGGAUGGCUGCUUCUGGCGGUUUGCCGCUCAACCCAUUUAACGGAAUUAACGGAGCCUACCCUCUCCCUGACGGUCUCCGCGUUCGCCCGCCGGCAGCCCUCUCCUGCUCGCUCUCCCAAGGACUGUCGCUGUCGCUGCUCUCGUCACUGUCCGCCACGUGGCAGCACAGCAGGCACCGCCUUAGAGCCAGCUCAUCAGACGCAUCUCAGCCGUUGGAUGAGCCAUCACAAAAGAAGGGUCAAUCUGGGUCGUUGCUGGAGAAAUUUCCCCUGAAAGCAGCAGUGACGGCGAGCGGACUAGCCCUCACGGGCGACACCAUCGCGCAGCUGGUGGAGCGGUACAGGCGGCGACAGGCCAAGGAGACGGAGAUCGAGGCCGCUUCGCCGUGCUGCAGGAAGAGACUGCGAGGAGUAGCGGACAAGGAGCUAUGGCAGCACGAUUUUGUCCGAUCUCUGCGCAUGGCGUCCUAUGGCUUCCUGCUCUACGGCCCGGGCAGCUAUGUCUGGUACCAGUGGCUCGACCGCCUGCUGCCUGCUCCCACGCUUACCAACUUUGUCCUUAAGGUGACGGCGAAUCAGGUGGCACUCGGCCCGUGUGUGCUGCUGGUCGUGUUUGCAUGGAACAUGGCGUGGAUGGGCAAGGCCAAGGACAUCCCAGACAAGUACAGGCGGGACUUCUUUCCUUCUCUUGUCGAUGGGUGGAAGUUCUGGAUUCCUGCUGCGAGCCUCAACUUCGCAGUUGUUCCGUUAGAGGCACGAGUGGCCUUCAUGUCAGUGUGUGCCAUCUUCUGGAACUUCUACCUCUCAUCCUCUGUUGGCAAGGAAGCUGCUCGUGCUGCACCCAAACUCCCACCACCUGCUGCUCCUGCUGCUCCUGCUGCCCCUGCUGCUGCCGCUGCUGCUGGUUCCUAGAUUUUGCAGGCAGCCACCAAAUAUGCAGAAAGCCUGCCACCUGAAUGCCUACGAAUCAACUUCUAUCGCUGGUCUUCUGUUAGCAAGGAAUCUGCACAUGCUAAAUCCAGAAUCCCACCACCUGUUGCUGCCACGGCUCCUGCCCCUUCUGCGCCUGCUGCUCCUGCUGGUUAAAGGUUUUGGGUUCCAAGGUCUGGUUCGGUAACAUUGCAAUCACAACCCAUGUGCAGUCAGUUUGUACCCUGGAAGCUCAGAAGUGUUCAGUUCCUCCUGACACCUUCAGUAUGAUGAGUUUUUCUCCUCCUGAUGAAGUACAGUAUGCUCGCACAGCAUGCAUUAGCCAGCAUUGUGAAGCUAUCAUGCAAUUUCUACAUGUGUGAGUUGUACAAGGGGUGGCAGGUGAUACCUUAUCAGCUGUUGCAGAUGCCUUGCAGUAC